CUACACGUUCGUUUGAGAGCCUCGGAUUGGCCCAACACCGGGUUGGAAACCAACCUUUGACAUCCCGUGGCCGCCGUGGGGCCAGCCGAUGGGGUGCCAGCCGAUGCGCUGUCAAGAAUGAGGCCAAUGGAUGACAUCUCCAUUGGAUGCACUGCUGCACUGGUCCAAGGACCUUGGACACCUGGAGGGGGCGGACAGCCUGGCCGCGCUGGCGCAACGAGGAGGCCAGUCCAACUGGGAUGCGAGAUGGGCCCACGCUGUGGCGAAGCAAACGAUUGUGCUGGCAUUGGGAGGUGGCGAGAAAGGGCGGCCGGAUUUGGAGUUGGUCAUCAUACAGGCCUUGGCGGCGGGCAUUGCCAACUUCGCUGAAAGCAUUCAGACAGAGAACGCCAGCGAUGUUCAACCACUACUGGAGGAGUUGGUGGCUGACCUCGAGGCCUCCACGCCACACCUCUUCCUACGGCUUUGCCGCUCGAGUCCGAGCCCGUCCUUCUCGGGCACCGAGCCGGGUAGCGUGUCGUCUCAGACGCGGCGCGCGCUGGAGAUGCUGUGCACCUGGAUCCUGACGAUGCUCUUCCGGGCUUCGGGAUCGCUAGAGCCGACUCUGCUGUGCGAAUGGAUGGGUGGCGACCUGCUUUGGGCCCUCGUUUUGGCCAAGGGAAUCCUCAACAUCGAGACACCGGGCGAUUUGUUGCCCUUGCCCAGAGAGCUGCCUGCCUUGCAACGUGAGGUCUUGAACUGUGUUCUUCAGCUCCCAACGCCCUCCGUUGCCUUUUGGGAUGAGACGCCUGAUGGUGCCAUCCCCCUGGAACAGCGCAAUGCAGAGCUGGUGCAACACAGAGAUGGCUUAGCGGAAGCGGUGCUGGCUUGCGGGAUCCAGCCCAGUUUGGUGACGGCCACUGCCAACUUCAUGCAUGAGGAUCCUGACUUGUUAUUGCAUUUGGUGGGUUUCUUGGCAUCUCUACACCAUCCAGCACCGCAUUUGCAAGUGAAGGACGUGGAGGCCUAUGGAAUCACACAUGCCAAAAUGUCGGCAGCUCUGGCGAUGAGCUUGCAGGACUGCAACUUGAAGCUGUGGUGCUUGCUCGCCAACGGUAUGGCCUUGUUUCCGGCUCUUCUUCGACUCCUGCGGCCUGCUGCGGAUCUGGCGUUCUUCUGUCCUCCACCCAGGCAAGUCUUGGCCAGUUUCACCAGUGCGACCCUCGCCGUGUCGACGGCUCCUCGGGUGCUGGCGGCUCUUUGUGUGAUUGCUGCGAACGCCUCGGCCGAGCCACACGAGACCCCCUUAGAGGCCGCGUUGGCGCAGUUUCCAGAGGCCGAGCUGAACGACGUGGCGAAGCAGUGGCACUCCUGGCGUGGCCCAGUGAGCCGAAGGCCCUCGAGCACCGCCUGGACCAGGCUCUUUGGUGAAGAGGAGCCAUCUCCGAUGGCGCCACCAAACAGCAGUCCUGCGGAGGACAUCUCCCCGCCACCAGGGCUGGCAGCCUUGCUGCAGAACGCCCCGGAGGAGUUUCGCUGUGCUUUGGAUGGGCGGCUGAUGAUGGACCCCGUUCAAACUCCUCAGGGUCACGUCUUCGAACGGGCGACGCUGGCCCAAGCCUUGUACCGUUCGGGGAACCGAUGCCCGAGCAGCGGUGAGGCGCUCGAAUUGGAGGAGACUUGGCGCCUUCCAGAGCUCCGCGGGCAGAUUCUUGCCUGGGUCCGCUCACAGCCCAGGAGGCUGCCCAGGGCCGAACUCCAAAGCUGAGUUUUGCAACAAUGCAGUGCAAUGGCGGCCGGAAA